GGCCGGCCGGUCCCGGGAUCGAUUGACGUCCUUUGCGCGCCGGCGGCGGUGACGGCGGCGUAGCGUCGCGACGCGAGCGCGCGGCGGCGUCGGGCGGGGCGAGAGGGCGCUGUGAUCGUCGGCCGAUCCGCCGCCAGUACGCGUCUCCAGCUCGCCGCUGUCAAGAGUGCGACUUUCGCGGAGCAGCUGUCGGCCGCGAGAAUCCCCGAGAUUCGGAGCAACGCGCGAGCGAGCCCCCGAGCCGAGUUACUGUCGGGCUCGGAGAGACGGCGCCGGGACGGCCUUCCUCCAUUCUCCCUCGCGCGCGCGAGAGUCCCUCUCGUAACGGACGAAGGGCGACAACGAGACGAGACGAAACGACGCGUCGCGUAGACUUUUCGUAUCGCCACCGGCGCCGAGCAUAACCCGGCCGUCUCUCGAGAUUCAUCUCUUUGGUUGCCCACACCCCCCGUCAUCAUAUAUCGUCGUCACGAGCGCGAGCAGCCGGCACGACGUGAGUACGUGCUGAAGUUGGUCGAGAUCGGAGCCCUUCCUUCGCCGAACAAACGGAGGAUCAAGAGAGAUCAAGAGAGAGAGGAAAGGGAAAAAGAGACGGAAACUGACGGAGCCGUCAUCGGAGGAAAGCGGCUGCGGAGAGCGAGAGACGCGAUAACGAACCGUAUCUGCCGCACGCACGCUCGCUCUCGCGCCGUCUGUAGUGUCCCCCGCUGCCACUGUGCCGCUGUCGGGACGAGGAAAGUCUCUGUCUCGCACGCGUGAAUCGAGCCUCACCUUCGCCCGGAUCCCGGUCUCGGGUGGAUCGAGUGUUCUCCUGCCAGAAAGCUUCUCCCGGAAUAUCGAUCAAAUAGCCUGAACCGAGUGAAAAACUACUCUGGGAAGAACGGGAAGGGGGAGUGAGAAAGAAAGAGAGAGAGAGAGAGAGCGAGAGAGAGAGAGAGAGAGAGAGAGACAGCGAGAGAGAGAGAGAGAGAGAGAGAGAGAGAGAACGGGAAGGCAGAGAUACAGAAAGAGGGAGCCGGUAGAGGGAAGCAGGAGAGAGGGUCAAAGAGACGCACAGCGAGAGGAUCCCGUCGUUAGUCAGGAUACAAUAGCGAAGGAGGCGCAGCAGACGCGCAAGACUAAAUCGGCGCAAGUGUGGCGGCCGUCGGGGGUGCGUGCGGGUGGCUGCGGUCGCCCAAGUAGUUAGGGCAGCCGGUGGUAGUGCCGGUUGCCGGCGGUAGUCGACGACGGUGCGGAAGCAUCGGUGACGAAGACUGCGAAGACGACGAAAACGAAGAAGAAGAAAACGAGGACGAAGAGGAGGACGGCGGCAGUGGUGGUAGUGGUGGCGGUGGUUGUGGUGGUAGUGGAGGAGGAGGAGGAGGAGACGGUGGUGAUAGUGGUGGAGGUGGUGGAGGACGAGGAGAAGGAGGAAAAAGAAGAAGUAGCAGUGGUGGAAACGGUGCCGGCGAGGGUGGUUGUUGUGUUAGUGGCAGCGGCGAAAGUGUUUGCGGUGGUAGUGGUGUUGGUGGUGGUAUUGGUGUUGGUAGAGGUACUGCUGCUGCUGCUGUCGCUGCUGUUGGUUGUGGUGGCGACAACGGCCACGACUGCGAACGAAGUGGAGGACGGGGUUCAGAAGAAGGCGCGGAGGAAGUGCUGCGCGAGAUCUCAUCUUUGUGCGGGCGACGGGGCCGCUCCCUGCCGGCCGCGCUGUUCAUCAGGUGAGAAAAGCGUAGAGGUGGCGUUUGUGAAGGCAACGUGUAACAAGAUGGGCUGCGCCAUGUCCGCGGAAGAACGAGCCGCCUUAGCUCGUAGCAAGCAGAUCGAGAAGAAUCUCAAGGAAGAUGGUAUCCAGGCGGCCAAGGACAUCAAGCUCCUGCUGCUUGGAGCGGGCGAGUCCGGCAAGAGCACCAUCGUGAAACAAAUGAAAAUUAUUCACGAGAGCGGCUUCACGCCGGAAGACUUCAAGCAGUACAGACCGGUUGUAUACAGCAACACGAUACAAUCUCUAGUCGCUAUUCUCAGAGCGAUGCCUAAUCUGGGCAUUAGUUUUUCAACCAACGAGCGAGAGACGGAUGCGAAAAUGGUGUUCGACGUAAUCCAAAGAAUGGAAGACACGGAGCCCUUUAGUGAAGAAUUGCUGGUCGCCAUGAAGAGGCUGUGGGCCGACAACGGGGUGCAGGAGUGCUUCGGCAGAAGCAACGAGUAUCAGUUGAACGACUCCGCGAAAUACUUCUUGGACGACUUGGAUCGAUUAGGAGCCAAGGAAUAUCAGCCAACGGAGCAAGACAUCCUUAGGACUCGAGUGAAAACGACGGGAAUCGUGGAAGUGCACUUCUCGUUCAAAAACCUAAACUUCAAAUUGUUCGACGUGGGCGGUCAGAGAAGCGAGCGUAAAAAAUGGAUACACUGCUUCGAGGACGUAACCGCAAUCAUCUUCUGCGUGGCGAUGUCCGAAUACGAUCAGGUGUUGCACGAGGACGAGACGACGAACCGAAUGCAGGAGAGCUUAAAGCUAUUCGACUCGAUUUGCAACAACAAGUGGUUUACCGACACCUCCAUUAUCCUUUUCCUGAACAAGAAGGAUCUCUUCGAGGAGAAAAUUCGCAAGUCUCCUCUCACAAUCUGUUUCCCUGAGUACAACGGUGCGCAGGAAUACAGCGAAGCGGCUGCAUAUAUCCAAGCCCAGUUCGAAGCGAAGAACAAAUCGACCACGAAGGAGAUCUACUGCCACAUGACCUGUGCCACUGAUACGAACAACAUUCAAUUUGUGUUCGACGCAGUCACAGAUGUCAUCAUAGCCAAUAAUCUGCGCGGCUGCGGUCUCUAUUAGGCUAAUUCUGUAUUCUACAUUAAGCGCAAGAGGAGGAAAGCGUUACCACGACAUGGCUGGCCAUACGACAUUCUUCAGCGGGUUCGAGGCUCGUUGCGGUUCCAUUCCAGCUCGAGAGGGAGAGAUAGACAGAAGGAAAAGAAGAAGAAACAACCCCUUUCGUUAUCGACGCUGAUCAAAAAACGUAGCGGAGCGUGUUUAGUUUGUCCUAUCUUAGAUCGUCGAGUUCUGAAAACCGACGUUGGUCGCGCGGCGUUCUGUCGUUCGGCGAAAUAGUAUGCGCCUCAUCCACGAGAGCAGCGAGGAGGAACGAUCGAUCGCGGAGGGAACGCGUGCUUUAGGGAGAACGAGAUGACGGGCUGUCGUCGUUUCCGGUCCUCGGAUGAAGCGGACGUUUUCGCGGGAAACGAGAUCGAAGCGAUCGGAUCGCCGGGCCAUGCCAUUUUCAUCAACGACGACGACGACGAUGAAAACGCGACAAUCCCGCGCGGAAACGAGAUCGCGAACUCUUCGAUCGAAAGAGGGAAUGCGAUGUCGCUCGUUGCAGUUCGAGCAACGCGACGUGAAAUAAUCGAACGAUCGUCGCGUCCUCGUUAGCCCGUCGGCGUGUAAGGAAUAUCCGAGACUCCGGCAUUUUCGCACCGCGAUCGUCGGCUUCGUUCUCGUUUCGCGAGAAGAACCACUCGAGCAUUCCACGGCACUCUAGCCAUUGCGUGUGCGCGCCACGCGCACAAAAGUCGAGACCGUACCCAUAAUUUUCGUCAGCGUCGCGCACAGAUUACUAAGCGCACUCAGAGUUCCGUACACGCACACACGCUCACAUAUUCUCUUAUUUCUUCUAUUUUUAUUGAAGCAUAUCCACCCAUCCACACACAUACGGACACACCUAGCCGUUCACCCACCCACCCACACAUACAUACAUAACACACAUACACACAUCCGCACACGAUCGGACGCGAGACGAUGGUACCUCUCGAGAGCGCCCAGAAUUUUCCAGACUUGCAUUUUGAUAAAUAUUGAGCAGCUGAAACGCUACGCGACGAACUUCCUAACGUCCUAGCGAGCUCGGUUGAUAUUGCUUACUACGUAACGUUAGAUUUCUCUAAUUUCUUACUUUUUAUCCUUCAAUUCACUUUAUCCCUACGGUGUAAUUGCCAUCGUUAACGUAAUGACCACCAUGCACACACGAGAUAUCCAUAAGGCACAGGAACAUUGUAGCUACAAGUGUCGAUCUAUACGCACAUACUUACCCGCACACAUGUAUAAUUAUUUCACCGUGAGGAGGAGAGGGAGAUAGAGAGAUAGAGAGAUACCCAUUUCCUUCGUUAAUGACCGUAUCAGAGUGUCAUGUGUACAAUGAUAUCUUCACCUCAUCAAGUACCUACACGAAUCCGGGAAAAAUGCGGGACCUGAAAUCCUCUUUCUCGACCUGAAAUCCUCGCAGCUUCCUCGAGCCACCCGAUCGUGCUUCGCAGGAUUUCCCGGUGAGACGUUAGAAAAAUAGAGAAAGGGUCUUAGGCCCGCAUUAAUAGUCACUUAUCCCACAUGACAUACGUGAGUUUGAAUUACAGAGUCAGAUCUGAGUUGUUCAGUUCAGUCGUAUGAUAUACAUGACAUUGCAUUUGUAAUCGUGAGUCAACUGGAAAACAACUCACGCUUAACUCUAAACUGAGAUCUAAGCAUCACACGAGAAGCAAGUCUCAAGUAAUGACUAUUGAUACGGGCUGAGGCCCUUGUUUACGUGGAAUCGCGAGCACAGAGGGAGACCUGACGCGUCGUUACGGCCGGGGGAGAUUUCACGCGGAUAUUUCGCGUAAAUCGGACGAGUAUACGCACGGUAUACAAGCUGUCGCUCCCGAAGCCGAUCGAAAGAGGAUUCGCCACCUACACACAUACACACAUACGUACACAGGUGAUUCCUGGGUCAUCCUGCACACGCGCAAGCGCCACUCGCGAGACUCGCGGGAGAGAAUACCGAGAGUGUAUUUUUCUAAGCGCUUCGUUUUCUUCCCUUUCGUUUUUUAUUCAUAUGGGGUGUAUCGACAAUACCGAAGUUGUUAAGUUCGACGUGACGUAGGGAGGGUACGAGACGGGGCAAGGGGAGGGGGGAGAGAAGGAGCUGACGGGGGAAGUAGCACUACGAGGAAGAAUGCACACUAUGGGACCUCAUAUUAGGCGCGUGUUACCAGCACGUGUAACGCGUUCCGGGACGGGCGUAAAUCUCGUUGCGCACAAUCGUAAUGUACUCGGCUAUCUCGGCAUAAGUUAUAUUUUAUUACGGGACUAAAUGGGGGAGAUACACGGGCAGGAAACGGCCGGUGACGCAUCGUCGUCACGCCGCACCGUUGAAUGCUACGAGACGCGAUGCUAUUGCUUAACGCGGAGGAAGAAAGAGGAAGACAGUAAGAAAAUGAAAGCGACGAAGAUAGGCGUGUGUAGAAGAAUAAACGCGCGACAACGUGUAUCUGCUGGAUCGCCAGGAGGACAGAGAGUGUUGGAAGAUCUUCUGAAGACGCAUCUCGAUCACAAAGACGCAAAGAGACCCGAAAGGAUGAAGUCGAGACAGUCGCGGGUAGAAUGACCUUUCGAAUGUCAAAAAAGAAAGGGAGAGGCUCUUGUCCACCUUGCUUCCUCCUUCGAGACUCGCGGGCCCAUUCUUCUACACGCGCUUGCUCGUUGACGAAUCACACGCGACACGCGUUAUUCUUUGUCUCUGAAGUCCCAGUCCGCUUAGAGUAAUUCUCGCGACUUUUCGCAGCGCGUUUCGUGUCCGGCGAGUAGUCGGUCCGUUUCUUUUCGUCAUCGUAUCCAUCGCACCGUCUUAAGACCGUGAUCGCUUGUUUUGUCGCCCGACAGUGACGACCCUGAGGACGAGGGCAGCCGUCGUGUCCUCGGUAGAGGUGGACGACGAGUCGACGGUAGAUCGCCCGACGAAAGACUGGGUGGAAGCGCGAACGUGACUCGGCACGUAGUAUAAUGAGAGCGAACGGGCAUCUUUGAAUUCGAGAUGCUCGAACUGAUCAAGCGUCGAUACUCGCGCUCGUCCGGUGCUCGAGGAAGAGCGUGGUCGACGUGAACGAUACUCGAACGACACGAACGUGAAGAGAACGUCUCGACUUCUCGGGCGUUUGCCUGGACGUCUUCUAGGCCCGUAUUAAUAGUAUUAAUUUUAAUAUUUAUAUAUAUAUGACAGUUUUAAAAUAUGUAUAUAUAAUAUAGAGCUAUAUAUAUAUAUAUAUACAUAUAUAUAUAUAUAUAUAUAUAUAUAUAUAUAUAUAUAUAUAUAUAUAUAUAGCUAUUACUUUUAUGCUUCUACUAUGUAAUUAUGAUUAUGAUACGGCUAAUAUCACAAGAAUUUGAUGAUGCGUCUGCAGACGCAGCAACACAAAUUGAAAUUGAAAUUUAUAUAAUUCGGAUCUAAGGAAUUAUGAGAGAAUUAAGCAUUGACAGACUAAGCCAAGUCGGGAAUAGUUGUUUGAAAUUUGUCUCUCACGUGAGGUAUUCAGAUCUGAAUUUAGAAUUAAGUCUGAGAGAGAGAGUUUUUCAGUUGAAUUAUACACGAUAUACAUCACAUUGUACUUCGCGAUUUAAUUGAAAAACUCACAUUUAACUCAGUAUCCAAAUCUAAGUAUUAAUAGUCGUUACUUGAAAUUUACCUCAGAUGAGAUAUUCAUUUCAAUUCAGAAUUAGAUGUGAGUUCCUCGGCUGAAUCGCGAUUACAAAUAUAAAUGUCACACAUAUUAUACAAUCUAAAUAAAAAGCUCAAAUGUAACUCUAAAUAAAUUCGAGUAUCUCAGUGGAAUAAAUUUCAAGUAACGAUUAUUAAUAUGUUAUUAAUUAGCACUUCACAAGAGAUAAGUUUCAAGUAACGACUAUUAAUACAUUAGAUGGCUUUGGGUGAUUUUCAUUCACUAACGAGGCAUCUCGUUUCCCGAAGCGCAUGUGUUAAUAUGUGACCUAGACUGUACUAGUUCAGAGUACAGUUUCAACGCGGGUAUCGAGUAUUUUGUAUUAUCGGUGUCACUCGUGGACCAUGAACCGCCGUAAUUCGUACCGAUGCGACGAAGUAGACCGAUACUCUCGAGACGAGCAUCGAGUGACAGCGAUCCGCAAAUUAUCAAUAACAUAUUCGCUAUCAAGGGGAUCCGUUCGAGAAACCCUUCACACAGACCACUCUGAAUUUUUUCUUACACAAUCAUAUAAAGCAAACAUAAUUUGUUUAUGUAGACAUAGAGGGGAAGAUUAUCGCUGUCACGCGUGUGCGAACGCUGGUCUCCCGUGAGAGAUCGGUGCGUCACAAGUGUGUGACGCUGAUAGCGAACGCGAUAAAGCUCGAAGUGAUCUUGUAUCAGUCCAGUCUCUCCAAUCCUCGAAUAUCGGACGAGCGCGGGUGGCGAGGACACUCAAGCUGACGCUUCCGAGCACCCAUUACCUACGAAUAAAUCGAGGCAUCGAGGCGUCACCAGCAGUCGAGCGCUAAACUAAUCGCAACUUUAGGGAUAAAGUAUUUAUACGGAAACCAAAAAAGAGGAAUAAGGUAAUACAAGUACCAAAUAGCGCGUGCCAAUGCGCAUGACUUAACUUUAGUCUAAUGUUAGAGUAUCGGGGGUGCCAUUCUAAGCUGUGUUUACUGUGGAGAGCUAUUCAGGCCACGAUGAGGCUAUACGAAUAGUCGAUCGUAGUUGUGCGAUGCGCGCAUUCGACCGGACGCGUCGUCGUUCCUCGAGUCUUUCCUCGCACUAUCGGCGUGGGUGCCGAGCAACAUCUUUGAAUAUUCGUAUCGACUACACGGAGAGAAUAUAUAUAUAUAUAUAUAUAUAUAUAUAUAUAUAU